AUGGGUCGUGUGCGUGGCGUGGUCCUCAUUACCGGAGCAAAUCGUGGUGUUGGCUAUGAGCUCACUAGAACACUCUUACUCAAUGAUGCUAUUACACGAGUAUACACCGGCUGUCGGAAUAGUGAACGAGCUGAGCGCUUACAGUCCCUCCAUGACCCGCACAAGAAGUUGAGGAUUGUUGAAUUGGAUGUAUCCAAAGACUGGAGUAUUAAAAGCGCAGUCGCAGCCAUUGUACAGGAAAGCGGACACAUCAAUUUAUUAAUCAACAAUGCAGCUAUACUUGAAAAGGACCACAAAGCAGGAAUUCCAGACGGUGAACGUGCAGCUUGGCUCCGCCACUUCGAUAUUAAUGUCGUUUCUCCCGCUAUGGUGAUACAAGAGUGCCUUCCACUGUUACGCAAGUCUAUAUCCAAAGGGGAAACGGCUACAAUCGUGAAUAUAUCUGGUCGCAAAGGGUCAAUAGAGCUAUGUCCUGGAACAGAGAGUGUACACGGAAAUUAUGCAUACAUGUGUAGCAAGACUGCCAUAAAUCAUCUCACAAGACUGAUGUCUAUAGAACAUCCUGAUCUGCUCACAGUAGCCAUGUGUCCCGGCUGGAACAGAACCGACAUGGGUGGACCAAAUGGCAAGAAGGACCCCUCGGAAACGGCGCCGCGGCUUUUGUCAACUGUGAACGGGAUGACGAUAGAAGAGCAUUCGGGGAAGUUUUGGGAUCGCAAAGGUCGACCGAUACCGUAUUGA